ACCGGCCGAGCUGCAGGUGGCAACUACCGUCUUUGCUGUCAUACCAGCCUGUGACAACAAUAUCUAAGGUCUUGGGAUCGGCAGUGAUGCGCCUCGUCAUCGGAACGCUGCUGCUGGCGGUGGCGCUGGCUCUACCGCCACCUCAGCACUCGACGGCCACGGACCAGGCCUCCGGUCAGGUGACCGCCUCUUCCCACCAGCAGACCGACGUUGCUCAGAUGACCGACGCUGAGCUUCUCUCUGCGCUGAUUGGGGGGGCCGCGCCGGAUGUCCCGGCCGCGGAGGUCGUCCCUGUCCCCCCGGCCGCGGAGGUCGCCCCUGUCCCCCCGGCCGCGGAGGCCGCGCCCGUCCCCCAGACCGCGGAGGCCGCCCCUGUCCCCCAGGCCGCGGAGGCCGCGCCGACUGCCGAACUGACCGACGCCGAGCUGCUAGCUGCGCUGGGGCUGGGCGCCAACCAGGGCGAGCCAGAGCGCUGUCAGGACUCACAGUACGUCUGCGUGCCGUACUACCUUUGCCGCGAGGAGGAGAUCGUCACCGACGGCGCGGGCCUCAUCGACAUCCGCUUCGGCAACAACCAGCUGGAGAACGACACGGCGCCGCUGACGCACUCAGAGUGCGGCAAUUUCAUCGACGUAUGCUGUCGCGACCCCAUGGCCAAGCCGGAGAUCAAGGAGCCGGAGUAUGUGCCCCGCUGCGGCCGGCGUAACGAGUUCGGCGUCAACGCACGCAUCGUGGGCUUUGCCGAAGGCGAGUCGCAGUUCGGCGAGUUCCCCUGGAUGGCGGCUGUGCUGCGCGUGGAGGAGGUGGGCGGCCAGGAGAAGAACCUGUUCGUGUGCGGCGGCGCGCUGGUGCACCCGCAAGUGGUUAUGACAGCCGCCCACUGCGUCUACGAACAGGAGUCGACCUCCCUGCGCGUCCGGCUCGGUGAGUGGGACACGCAGCACACGACCGAGUUCUUCCCGCAUGUGGACGUGGCCGUGGCGGAAGUGGAAACACACGUCGACUUCAACGGCCGCAACCUGCACAACGACAUCGCGCUGCUCUUCUUGGCGGAGCCAGUGCAACUGCAAGAGCACAUCGACACGCUUUGCCUGCCCGACCCGGCCGUCAACUACACGGGCGCCGACUGCGUCGCCACCGGCUGGGGCAAGGACCGCUUCGACAGCGGCCAGUACCAGACAGUGCUGAAGCAGGUGGAGCUGCAGCGGGUCGGCCAUGACUACUGCCAGACCCAGCUGCGUACGACGCGACUCGGCACCCGCUUCGUUCUGGACGACUCCUUCACGUGCGCCGGCGCGCCGGAGCCGCUCGCCGUCGCCACCACCGAGGGCGCGCCGAAGGUGGCCCAGGAGGACGCCAAGGCAGGCACAGUGGCCGACACGUGCACCGGUGACGGCGGCUCUCCGCUGGCCUGCCGCGACCCCGCAGACCCGGAACGCUACGUGCACGGUGGCAUCGUGGCCUGGGGCAUCGGCUGCGGUGAGAAGGGCAUCCCGGGCGUGUACGCCGACCCGCAGCGCUUCGUCUACUGGAUCGACGAGCUGAUCAGCGAGUACUUCCAGCUGCCGCAGUCAUACUUCGGCCUGAAGGAGCCGGUGGCGCAGGCCGCGCAGCCCUAGACACGGGCGCUGUGAUAGCUGGACCGCUGUGUGGAGACAGGUCAGGCCUGAGCACAAUCGGUUGUUGCUACUAACUUCACGGUUGGAUUACUAUCUAGACGUCUGGUGUUGGAUCUCUGAGUUGCGAACUGCUGUCUCAUGACCUUUGCGAGUCUAAUAUGCCCGGCACAUCAUGCGGAUGGGUGAGAUAUCAAUGUUUCCAUACAAACACCAUCAGUAUUACUAGGCAGCGCGCGAGCCUGGUUGGUCACUGGUCCUUAUCCUGUGUUGAGGCAGGUGGCCACAUGGGAGUUGGGAUCGUUAAUUGAGAUCAAAGUGCUCCGGUUUCUUUUCUUUGUCACUAGACGACAUAGAAACCCCAAAACAUGACGCAGUUGGGGCUCGCGACCGGGUCCGUUUUUAUAUGGAACCAUACUACCUGUGUCAUGCAUUUUUAGUUGGAGCAGUUCUACCUGUGUCGGAAUACAAAACUUGUGAUUUUUGAA